AGCUGUGCUAGAUAGUGGACCUGUAUAUAAACCUGCUGGAUCUGCUCUUGUAUGUAGGUUCCGUUUCCACAGAACGCAGUGAUGAAAUACUUCAUUCUCUUUGCUCUCUUUGCUGCAGCCUUUGCUGCUCCCUUGGAUGAUGACGACAAGAUUGUUGGAGGCUACGAGUGCAGAAAGAACACUGUGCCCUACCAGGUCUCUCUGAACGUCGGCUACCACUUCUGUGGAGGCUCCCUGAUCUCCAGCACCUGGGUGGUGUCUGCUGCUCACUGCUACCAGUCUCGCAUCGAGGUGCGUCUCGGUGAGCACAACAUCGCUGUCAACGAGGGCACAGAGCAGUUCAUCAGCUCUGCUAAGGUCAUCCGUCACCCCAACUACAGCAGCAGGAACCUGGACAAUGACAUCAUGCUGAUCAAGCUGAGCAAGCCCGCCACUCUGAACAGCUACGUGAAGACUGUGUCCCUGCCCUCCAGCUGUGCCAGUGCAGGCACUACUUGUCUGAUCUCUGGCUGGGGCAACACCAGCGCUUCUGGAAGCAACUACCCUGAUCGUCUGAUGUGUCUGGAUGCUCCCAUCCUGAGCGACACUAGCUGCAGAAACUCCUACCCUGGACAGAUCACCACCAACAUGUUCUGUGCUGGAUUCCUGGAGGGAGGCAAAGACUCCUGCCAGGGUGACUCUGGUGGCCCCGUUGUGUGCAACGGUCAGCUGCAGGGUAUCGUGUCCUGGGGCUACGGCUGCGCCCAGAGGAACAAUCCUGGAGUCUACACCAAGGUCUGCAACUUCACCACCUGGAUUCGCAACACCAUGUCCUCUUACUAAACGGAGAAUUGUCCAGAGGACCAACGAGUCCAAUGUGAUCUUUAAGAAAGAAAAAUCUCUGUCUAUGACAAAGGUCUUAAUAAAAUAAAUGAUAAACAUCAACCUCA